UGUUAGUUGCUACUAUAAAUAGUAAAUACAGAGUCCUUAUUGGUGAGCUAACUUACCGAACCUCUCUCCUCUCGUUCAUCCAAUUCUCUCAACGUUUGGUUUUGAAAAAAUGGCUAGGAAGAAGAUAAGAGAGCAUGACUCAAAGAGACUGGUUAAGGAACACUUCAAAAGACUUUCUGGCAAAGAGCUUCCUAUCAGAUCCGUUCAGAUAAACCAAACAACUGAUCUGAAUGAGCUAGUAGAGAAAGAACCUUGGCUCUCGUCCGAGAAGCUGGUUGUGAAACCUGACAUGCUGUUUGGAAAGCGUGGCAAGAGUGGUCUGGUUGCCUUGAAACUAGAUUUUGCUGAAGUUGCCACUUUUGUCAAAGAGCGUUUGGGCAAAGAGGUAGAGAUGAGUGGAUGCAUAGGACCCAUAACAACAUUUAUAGUCGAACCAUUCAUCCCACACAAUGAAGAGUUUUAUCUUAACGUUGUCUCGGAUCGCCUUGGUUACAUCAUCAGCUUUUCAGAGUGUGGAGGGAUUGAGAUCGAGGAGAACUGGGACAAGGUGAAGACAAUAUUCUUACAAACGGGUGCUUCACUGGCACCUGAAGUAUGUGCACCUCUUGUGGCAACUCUUCCACUAGAGAUCAAAGCAGAGAUUGAAGAGUUUAUCAAAGUCAUUUUCACCUUAUUCCAAGAUCUUGAUUUCACUUUCUUGGAGAUGAAUCCUUUCACACUAGUUGAUGGAAAGCCUUAUCGUCUUGAUAUGAGGGGUGAGCUUGAUGAUACUGCCGCCUUCAAGAACUUCAAGAAAUGGGGAGACGUUGAGUUUCCUAUGCCAUUUGGAAGAGUGAUGAGUCUCACUGAAAGCUUCAUCCAUGGAUUAGAUGAGAAGACAAGUGCGUCCUUGAAGUUUACUGUUCUGAAUCCCAAGGGGAGGAUUUGGACAAUGGUAGCUGGAGGAGGAGCAAGUGUCAUCUAUCAGAUACUGUAUGUUGGAGAUCUUGGUUACGCAUCUGAACUUGGCAACUAUGCUGAAUACAGUGGAGCACCUAAAGAAGAUGAGGUUUUGCAGUACGCUAGAGUUGUUAUUGAUUGUGCUACAGCAAACCCUGAUGGAAAGAGCAGAGCUCUUGUGAUUGGAGGUGGAAUUGCCAACUUCACUGAUGUUGCUGCUACUUUCAAUGGUAUAAUCCGUGCUCUCAAAGAAAAGGAAUCAAAGCUGAAAGCAGCAAGGAUGCAUAUAUAUGUGAGGAGAGGAGGACCAAACUACCAAAAGGGACUUGCUAAGAUGAGAUCACUUGGAGAUGAGAUCGGUGUCCCCAUUGAGGUCUAUGGUCCAGAAGCAACCAUGACAGGUAUCUGCAAGGAAGCAAUCCAGUACAUCACAGCUGCAGCAUAAGCUUCUCUCUCAGUACCUACCUACUUUGUGUUCAAGUCUUCAAGAUCACUUAUGCUACUGAACUAUCUACUUUGUGUUCAAGUCUUCAAGAUCACUACUGAACUACUUGCAAUUUUUUUUUAAAAAACUCUUGUGUCUCGUCUCUCUUUCAGAUACAAGUUCUUUGAAUUACUUUACUUAUCAUCAAGAACUAAAAACAUAACACUCGCUCUGUUUAAUAAUAAGUAUAGUUUAAGGUUUUUUAAA